UUAAAAGGUUUUAAAUUUUAAAUCAUUUUGGAAUGGGAUCUAUUUCUAGGGCAGCCGUGAGAUCCAUCCAUGGCGUUCGUGACGCGGAGCAAUUGGGAGGAGGCGCUAGUCGAGGCUAGGGCUCACAUCCGCCAGGCGGCAUUUGUGGCUGUGGAUCUGGAGCUGACCGGCGUCCAGACGACGCCAUGGCGCGGCGCCACAGAGGUGGACAAUCUCCACACUCGCUACCUCAAUCUUCGCGACUCGGCCGAGAAAUUUGCGAUGAUCCAGUUUGGCCUCUGCCCGGUCUUGUGGGAUGCUGCCGGUGGGAAAUUCAUCGCCUAUCCCUAUAACUUUUGUUUGUUCCCGCGUCACGAGCUCCAAAUCGAGAUGCCCGCGAGAGAUUUCUUGUGCCAGGCGACUUCACUCGAGUUUCUUGCGAAGCACCAGUUUGAUUUCAAUGCCUGCAUUUACGACGGAAUUUCUUAUCUAUCUCACGAGCAGGAGAAACUCGCUAGACAUAAACUGAAGUUGACGGAUGCGGAUGGAGCACCACGCGAGCUUGAGAGCUUCUCGGCACUGGAGAUUCCACUCAAUAGAACAGCGGACGUUAUCUUUAGCGAGAGCGUGCGAGUCCAAGCCGGGGAAUGGCGUGACAAAGUGCUGCAAAGAGAAAAGGAUGCUCACGAACCUGAGGAGCGGCUGUGCCUCGUUGUGGAAGUUGCUGGUAACCAUGAAGCCAACCUCGUUCACCAGGUUUUGCGAAAGAGCUUCCAAGAUCUCGUUCCUUUUACGGAGGAUGGUGCAAAGAAAGUGAAAAUUCUGUUUCCUCGAUCUGUGAAGGAGAGGGCGCUCUUAGUGGGUCAAUGGGAAAAGGAUAGAAGGUCGAGAUUGGAAAACCAGAUCAUGGAUGCAAUAGGAUUUCGUCAACUUAUUGAUGCUCUAGUGGAGUCGAAGAAGCCAGUGGUCGGACACAAUUGCUUUCUUGAUAUUGCUCAUAUUUACAACAAAUUCUUCGCAACUCUUCCUUUGAGCUGCUCCGAAUUCUGCUCGUCCAUCCACCAGCAUUUCCCUUGCAUCUUCGACACCAAGUACUUGCUGAAAGCGGACUCGGCGGCUCAAGAAAUGCUUGGGAAAGGCGGCACAACCUUAGGCCCGGUGUUCUCAAACGUGGGAAAGCUGCCAAACAAAGUCCAGAUCGAGUUUGGAAGCUCCAGCCUUUGCAGGUACGAUGGGACAGAGAUGAAGCACGAGGCCGGCUAUGAUGCUUACAUGACGGCGGCAGUCUUUGCCAACAUCUGCCAGUUUAUGAAGAUGGAUCCCGCGAACUUGCCUUCACUCUGCGAGCAAGCAAAAGAGGGCGAGGAAGAAAGAUCAGGCCUUGGGAGCCACGCAAAUCACUUGUACCUUGGUUGGCGAGGGCACUUUGUCCUCGAUCUUUCGACUGGCCAGGAAGCAACUGGUCCCAGGUCACUCAAGUCUUCUCGAUCCAUCGAGCGUGAGAAGGCCAAGAGUGUGGCACUGAUGUGGGGCUCCGGUUCCACUCGAAGCUUGGAAGUUGACAGUCGAAGCUUGGAAGCUGACGUGAAAGCCUGCUUUACCGCUAAAUCACCACCGCAUGUAGAAGUCGUGCGCAUCGAUGAGAGCUCCGCGUUUGUGGUUUUCCGGAGGAAGGAGUCCCUAGAAUCCCUGGUGCAAGCCUUCGAAUGCUCCGGUCACCACGACAAGGUUGGCGUGUGCGAUGUUAGCGGCCUGGUUGCACGCGGCUGGAAGAUUGCCCGAUAUGAGUUCUUUGAGAAGCUUUGCGAGUCGCCACUGUCAACGGCAAAGCUCACGGACGCAGUCACUUCGAUGCAUCUUCAAGCUGAAAGUAGUAGCUCGAGGAAGCGACCGCGAUUAUGAAAGCCAGGAUCGUUUUUUUUUUCCUCUCUCUUGCUACGCUCCGCUACCUCCAACCGGAACUACGAGACGAUCGGCUAGCAUGAAUGACAAAUCGCCCAUUUGUGACAAGAGAUCGUUCACUGGAUCCUCGGCUGCUGGCCCAUUGCUAGCACUGGUUCCAGAAAGUUUUGCUUAUCAGUAAGAGCACUAGAACAAAACACGAUAUCGAUACCUUUUGGAGCU